AUGACUGUUCCAGUCCAAGUCCCUCUCUCGCCCCGUCCUCUCAGACCCAACGAGCGCAUCUUGACCAACGAAGAUGGGGGCAUAGUCACACCUGCUCGAGCCCCUUCCCCCGUCUACAACUUCGGCACACUCGCAGUUCAUGCUGGUGCACCCCUAGAUCCUUCCACAGGCGCCGUCAUCGAACCUCUAUCCUUGUCUACGACCUUUGCACAAAAAGCUGUGGGUAAGCCGAUUGGGCUGUACGAGUACAGUCGCAGCGCGAACCCAAAUCGUGACAACUUCGAAGAAGCUGUGGCCGCACUUGAACACGCUCGAUUUGCUCUGGCAUUUGCCUCGGGCUCAGCGACAACGGCUACAAUUCUUCAGUCGCUCGCAGCCGGCUCACAUGUCAUAUCUGUCUCGGACGUCUACGGAGGCACCCAUCGAUAUUUCACAAAAGUGGCCCUGGCACAUGGAGUUGAGGUCACAUUUUCUCCAUCUAUUGAACUGGACAUUGAAGAGUUGAUCAGGGAGCAAACGAAGCUCAUCUGGAUCGAGAGUCCUUCGAACCCCACACUGAGUCUCGUCGAUAUCAGGAAUGUCGCGUCAGUCGCCCACAGGCAUGGCAUUUUGGUUGUGGUGGACAAUACGUUCUUAUCACCUUACGUGCAGAAUCCAUUGGAUCACGGAGCCGAUAUUGUCGUGCAUUCCGUGACAAAAUACAUCAACGGACACUCAGAUGUCGUGAUGGGCGUUGCUGCAUUCAACUCGGAAGAACUGAAAGAACGACUGACAUUCCUCCAAAACGCCAUCGGAGCUGUGCCUUCACCAUUCGACUGCUGGCUUGCCCACCGAGGGCUUAAGACGCUGCAUCUCCGAGCUAGAGAGGCAAGUACGAACGCAUUGGCUGUUGCUCGAGCACUCGAGGCCUCGCCGCAUGUGAUCGCAGUAAAUUAUCCUGGUCUGGAUUCUCACAAGCAGAGAGCCAUUGCAAUCAAGCAGCAUCGCGACGGUAUGGGUGGCGGGAUGCUCAGUUUCCGUCUCAAAGGCGGACACGCCGCCGCAGAGAGAUUCUGUCAACAAACACGCAUCUUCACUCUGGCCGAGAGCUUGGGAGGCGUCGAAUCUCUAUGCGAGGUUCCGAGUGCCAUGACGCACGCGGGCAUUCCCAAGGAGCAACGCGAGGCCAUUGGCGUCUUUGAUGAUCUUGUCAGACUUUCCUGCGGUGUCGAAGAUGCCGCAGAUCUCAAAAAGGAUGUUCUACAGGCACUGGAGAAAGCAGUUGUGGGACCGAAGAUUUCGAAUGGUGUCAAUGGGACCAGCAGAUGA